AAAGCACGGAUCGAUAUGCGAUAAAAGAAUGGUAUCCUUCUUAAAAAGCUGCGUUAUUAGUAGCUCGUUGUACUAGUUCAGGGCAUUUCACAGGCGUCGUGCAAGGGCUUAUCCGAGACGAUGCGGAAGCACGAGAGAACGAAGCAGCAGCAGCAGCAUGGGAGCGGCGGAAGAAGGGCGGCACUGUGGUUCCUUCUGCCUCCUCUUCUAGUCCUGGUUAUGAUCAAGACUAAUUUACUGCCGCAGGUUGCGCGCUUUAAGGAGACUGGAUUUAACAAAUUAACAAAUGAAAUGGUUCAGAGAGUUUCAUCUUUAGGUUUGGACAGUGCAAGACGGCAGCAACAAUCACUUGAAGCAGAAUCUGCAAAAGAGUACAACCAACAAAAUCAUACUCUUGCCACAAACGUGGCAAAAGAUGGUUCUUUCAGAAAUUCAGAUGUGGCACCACCGACAAUGAGCAAGCUUGCCUGCAACUGGAGCAAUCGUCACUCAGACACCUGCAGAAUGGAAGGUGACUUGCGGAUCCAUGGCAAAUCCGCCACAGUCUAUGUCCUUUCAUCAUCCACCUUCAACCCAAACAACUCUACCAUCACAAUCCGGCCGUACACGCGGAAGUGGGAGCAAGAAACCAUGGCAAGGAUUCGGGAGGUCACCAUCCGGUCCACCGCGCCAGAGCCUUACAGCUUCGUGAUCCCUCCCAAGUGCACGGUGAGGCACGACGUGCCAGCGGUGGUCUUCUCUACCGGCGGCUGCGGCACCAACUUCUUCCACGCCAUGACUGACCUCAUCAUCCCACUCUACAUCACAGCCCGCGAGUACAACGGCCACGUCCAGCUGCUCGUCGCCGACUACCAGCCUGAAUUUGUGGCCAAAUUCAGGCCGAUCCUGGCCGCACUGUCCAUCUACCCGAUCAUAGACUUCGACGCCGACACCGCCGUGCGCUGCUUCCCGUCGGCGCACGUCGGGCUCGAGAGCCACAGGAUACUUGGCAUCAACCCGGGUCUCUCACGCAACGGCUACACUAUGAUGGGAUUCCGGGACUUCCUCCGGGACGUCUUCUCGCUGCCGCGGCCAUGGGCGACACCCGUAAGCAGGAAGCCUCGGCUCGUCUUUGUUGUGCGUCGCCACUCGAGGGCUGUGACGAACGAAGCCGAUGCCAUCGCCGCCGUUGCCGAUCUCGGCUUCGAGGUGGUGGCUGCCGGACCGGAGGACGUCGGGGACAUGGCCAAGAUCGCGGCGGUGGUGAACUCGUGCGACGUGAUGGUGGGCGUGCACGGCGCUGGGCUGACCAACAUGGUGUUCCUGCCGCACAACGGCACCAUAGUGCAGAUCAUCCCGUGGGGAAACCUGAAGUACCCGUGCCGGUUCGACUUCGGCGACCCGGUGCCAGACAUGGGACUGCACUACGUCGAAUACGAGGUGAACGCGGAGGAGACCACGCUCAAGUACAAGUACCCGAGGGACCAUCCGGUGUUUACUGACCCACUCUCCAUAGAGCGCAGCGGUAAACUUUGGGAGACGUUCCUCGAGGGCCAGAACGUCACACUGGACAUCGAUCGGUUCAGAGAGGCCAUGCAGCAAGUGUACAAGUCCGUCACCACGGAGUAGGGAUGGCUGCCAGGCAUGAAGUAGAGGUUGACGAUUAAUGUGUAAACUUUCCUAUUCUUUUGCUGUUUAGUAGGAUGUAUUUAAACUGCAAUACUAGCUCAUCAUCAGGGAUGCAAGUCGGGAGGCGAUCUUCUUCGGGUCUUGAUUGGAUGCAUGUGUAUCCGCUUCAAUCGUGUGUGGAUUGGAAUGAAGCAUAGUUUAAUUUUACUUCAAUCCACUUCAGCAUAUGUAGAUUAAGAUUAAUAUAUGCACAUUCAAACAAGAUCUCGACCAAAAAAGAAAUCCUUGUGUUCUAUCGACUUAAAAGAAGUUAGUUGAAAAAGAUACACAAAUGUUAUGU